AUGAACUGGACAGAAGGCAAUCUGGCACGCCACUCCCGUGGAAGAGCCAACAACGAGGUUCUCAGACGUCAAAAGCAGCAUUUCGCCAGAGCGAGAAGUAGAAUGCUGAGUGGCCAAGCCAGGCAAAGUCCAGUAGCAAUAUCUUUUCUCAAUGAUACGCACAAGCCCCAAGCUCGGGCCGAAUCGGAUCCGUCUACUUCUCAACAGCAAGAUACGAAUACAUUCCAAAGUGAUGGACGACCUUUCAAUGAGUCACGGACUCCCUGGCGUAUCCGGAAUGUGGCAUUUGGUCAAGAUGACACUCGUGAAGCGAGGCAAGAAAGCGCCAGUCUCAGUCCUUGGGGCGCAUACCAAGCUAGCAAUCGUAAACGACCUGCCUUGGCCGAGAUUUUCAACCAAGAACAAGCUAAUGAAAAGAGACGCCGACUUCUUGAAAAGCCAGACUGGGCUGGUCUCGAAAUGCAACAGCCAAUAGAUCUAGUUUUGCCUGGACAAACCCGCAUGUCCAGCGGGCGAAGAUGGAGCAAGAUUGAUCCAAACACUACAAGGCACAGCCUAGACGUCCAGCAGAGGGGACACCGUACACUUUCAGCCAGCAGAAAUUACUCUAGCGAGCACGUCAAGACCUUUCAACAAAGACCAUUAGGGCCCAUUCGAGUCAGGAUCGGGAGUCAGAGCGUCACCAAUACUGCCGAUUCUCCCGAUUGGUUGUCAAGCGAAGAGCAGAUGCAAGCACUUAGAAUGCCUCGUAACAGGAGUCGAAGAUACGCCCAGAAUGAACCGCGUCGUGGAUCAUCAGUGUCAUUAAGCUCGGGAGACCGAGAGUGCAGCUACUCCAUGAUUUCGACAGACGAUGCCUCUUGUUCAAUACAGACGAAGCAUGAAGACUCAUCCAAGAUUCACCAUCCCAUCCCUCAACGCGCACAUACAUCGAAAAUCCUGCAAUGGUCCCCAUCAUUCAGAUCGGAUGACAGUGUGAGUGUCCAUGCACAAAUAGGAAGACCAAAGCGUUGGCCGCCCUCGGAAGUUGCUGCUGACAUGCGUUGGCUUGAGCACAUCAUGCCAGCAGAGAAUAUCUGCAUACCAUUGACCCGUGGUUCUUCGCUCCUGGAAAGUCCACCACAUCGACCAGACAUAAGCCCAGGCAUCAGUGAACUAUUAGUACAAAGUAGUCAAGUGAACCACCGAGAUUCUGAAGGAACCCCUGUGCAUUCUAGUUCAGAAGAAGUCAGACGAGCUGGUUACCUUCAGCCUGUCAACCAGCCAUCGAUUCUCUCAACGGCAGCAAGCCAAAGCAUUACAAGUCAUGGUAUACCUUCCUUUGAAGCAUCGCAUGGUAUGAUGCCUGGUGCUACGAAAACCUGCAAACGGCCGCCACAAGUCAUUUCAUCUAUCGAUCCACCAACAAGCGAACAAAGACACACUGGAAUGACUGGCAAUCCAAACAGCUUGGUCAAUCGUACAAAAGACGCUAAAUCAUGCGAUAAUAGUAAAUCUACGAAAAUUCAUGGGAAAGUUCAUCAGUCAGAAGCGGACGAUAAUGAUGCUUGGAUGAAGUUUGUCUUUGGGGAUUGCGAGGUCGACUCACAUGCAGAAGUGUUUCGAGAGGCUCUACAUGAAGCUGCCAGGGACUUGGCUUUACCAAGGACACCUCAGAAAGCGGCUAAGAUUGCAUUUGGUGGAGAUAUUAAUUAUGAAGUUGAAGCACCACAAACUUCCAACCAGUCAAUCAGCGCACAGAGAGGUUCUGAAGAAGCAUCAAGUAACUCUGCAACGACAAGUCGUUUUGCAAUAAUAGGUUCUCCAUCUCCAGAACAAAUGCCACCAAUCCGGCAUCAGGGAGAAAUGGAAGAGGAUCUUGUCACACCCCCAACCAAUGUUUCAGAUGACACAAGAUUCACCACAUCGCCAAUACCUGUGGAUGUAUCAUCUGGGUCCGGUGUACCACCCACAGACUCACCAAAGUCAAAUGAGGCCACCGUUGACGGGUCCACGGUCUCCGAGAUAUCUCAACAGAUAUUUAGAUUUGCAGCACCACGGACAUUUGUUGGCAAGCUGGCAAGAUCCGGAAUAAAGCCGAAGGAUAUUCCGAGUCAAUCUGCAAUCACCGGGAGUCGUGGCCAGCGACGCACCACAACUGGUAGACGCUCAAAGAAGAAGAAAUGGUCAGAUGAUAGGGCGAAUAUCAGAGAGCUGCCUGAUUUUGAUGAAGAUCCAAUAGAAGAAUAG